GCAGCUCCGCUCCCCGCCCUCCUCCUCAUCACAUCCCGUUGUCUCACCGGAGGAUGACUCGCUCGGAGGCUAGCGGCUAACCGGGCCGGUGUCUCAUGCCCCUUGUCGCUUCGUGCUGGUCCCCCGGAGCCCUUCCCGUCCCGACCCGGUCCGGUCCGGUCUGCAGGUGCGCGCGGCCCGGCGCGGCCCGGAGCGGCGCGGAGAUGCAGCAGCUGUUAUGUAAGAGCGGAGCCGCUAACGUUAGCCCGCCGCCAUGAAUGACGCGCAGCAAGAAAUGUCUCCGGACUUCGUCCUCAUGCGGCUCGUCUCCGCCGCGGAGUACGACCGCCUGGACGAGCCCGACGAGCUGAUCCGGCCCGGAGGCGGCGGGUUCGGGCCGGUCAAAGCCGCGCUGGGGCACCGGAGCGGCGGCUUCGACGUGGACCCCAGCGGCCCCGCGGCAGGCCUCGGAUCCGCAUCCCCGCACUAUAGUUCGCCGCUCCCCGGGAAGGGAGAGCUGGACGGCGGCCUGGGGCUGUCGCAGGCCCCGCCGGCCUCCGACGCGCCGCUGUCGCCGCCGCCCGAGGACUUUGCCGCAGCGGCUCAGCGGUUCGUGGACGGUUCGGGGGGACACGGGUCCAGGGCUCAGCUGAUGGUGUUACAGAACCUGCUGCGGUCCGGACUGGAGCAGCCGCCCGCGGAGACCGAGCGACAGAAGCUGGAGCCGGGCACAGGUUCGGGUUCCGCCGGCACAGCAGCCGGUCUCAGACCCGGAGGGAAGGAGCAGAACCCCGACUGCGCCCCGUCCCCGGAGGAGAACCUGCAGUGGCACCCGGUCAUCAGGCUGUCCAAAGGCACCGAGGUUCCGCAGAACCCCCCGCCGGGCUCGCCUCUGGACCCCGGCUCCAUCCCGGUCCUGUGCCACCGGCACCGGCUGGCCAAGUGGCCCCCGGGUCUGCUGGAGCAAGCUCUGCGCCUGGGACUGCUGGAGCCCAGGAAGACCUGCUCGUCUGGGGGCGAGGACCCGGUCCUGGUGCUGGCCCAGAAGCUGGGUCAGCUGGGUGAGGGCAGAGAGGGGGUCGGUGGCGGGGAGGAGGGGGUCCUGCCGCUGCCUCGCUGCUCCUGCCACAGCAUCCUGGCCACCGGGCACGCCGGGCCCGGCGAGGACCCGGGCGACACCAGCGACGCCCUGCUGGUUCUGGAGGGCCUGGGGUCGGACCAGGUGGGAGAACUGGCUCAGGGGGGAGGCAGAGACGGAGAGGACGCCAAGCGGGACGAGGAGGCGGGGGACGCGGGUGCCGGGGGGACGCCCGGGGGGGCGGGGCCGGUCUUCUGCCCGGGGACUCUGAGCGGUCUGAUGCGGCAGGUCCACAGACUGGCUGAGGAGGCGGGGGUCUGCACCGAGCAGACCUGCCGCUCCGCCGCCUCCCCCGCCGUCGGCAGCGGCCCCCACCCGUAUCCCCCCGCCACCCCGCCGCCCCCUCCAGCCGCAGCGCCCACGAGCGGCCCCCGCGUCCCCCCCGACCCGGGCCCUCGCCCGCUGCAUCAGCACCAAUCCCGGUCCCAGCCGCAGAGCCGCGCCGCCACCCCGAAGCUGGGCGUGGCGGCCGGGGGGGCCGGGCGGGCCGCCUCCCCCCUGGUGGUGCUGGAGGGGGAGGGGGAGAAGACGCCGCGGGGGAAGUCGAGGAAGGGAGGCUCCCUCAAAGUCCGGCUCAGCAAGCUCUUCAGAACCAAGAGCUCCAGCGGCGGGUCGGGGGGUCUGCUGGACAAGAGGCCGUCGCUGGCGUCCUCCACCUCGUCGGGGGGGAGUCUGCUGGACGUGUGGGGGUCCACCUGCAGCGGCACCGACCAGGAGGGUGGCAGGCUGCAGGUAUCCAGACCUCACAGUGCCUUCUCCCCGGUGCCGUUCACUCCUGCUUUCACCGGUGAGACGGUCUCUCUGGUCGAUGUGGACAUUUCUCGCAGGGGGGGGAGCUCUCACCACCCCCCCACCCCUCCUCCGCCUCCCAGACGGAGCCUCAGCCUGCUCGAUGAUUUCGGGGGUCCUCCUCAGCCUCAGGGACCCUUCAUGGACCGGACCGCCGGCGCCUCCAUGCAGUCCCUGCCCCCCCGGCCCGUGGCCCCCAACCCCACGCUGAGCACCAUCCAGCACAGCCUGAGCCUCAACGACACCUUCCUGCGAGGGUUACCCCGCCCGGUGCCGCUGCGGCCCAACGGUCAGAACCCCCCGCCCCGGCUCGUCCCCCGCUGCCCGCUGAGCCGACCCGAGGCCGGCUGCUUCGCCACCAGCCUGCGGGAGCUGGAGAAGUGCGGCUGGUACUGGGGUCCGAUGAACUGGGAGGACGCUGAGAUGAAGCUGAAGGGCAAACCGGACGGCUCCUUCCUGGUGCGGGACAGCUCGGACCCUCGCUACAUCCUGAGCCUCAGCUUCCGCUCGCAGGGCGUCACGCACCACACGCGCAUGGAGCACUACAGAGGAACCUUCAGUCUGUGGUGCCACCCUAAGUUUGAGGACCGCUGCCACUCGGUGGUGGAGUUCAUCGAGAGAGCCAUCAUGCACUCCAAGAACGGGAAGUUCCUCUACUUCCUGCGCUCCCGGGUCCCAGGUCUGCCGCCCACGCCGGUCCAGCUCCUGUAUCCGGUCUCCAGGUUCAGCAGCGUCAAGUCUCUGCAGCAUCUGUGCCGGUUCUGCAUCAGACAGCUGGUCCGGAUCGACCACAUCCAGGAGCUGCCGCUGCCCACGCCUCUGAUCGCCUACCUGAGGAAGUUUUAUUACUACGACCCCGAGGAGGAGAUCAGCCCCAUGCUGCAGGACGCCAAGGAGGCCACGGAGCGCCGAGCAGAGCCCAGCAGCCAGCCGGGGGUGGAGUCCCAAACGUAGCACUGGAGCCGGGCACGCCGAGUCCAUCCACAGGUCUUCUCUUUCUGGACUCGAUCAGCGACGGACGUUCAAACAUUCAAACUGGACUCUGACUGCAGCCAAUCGGCUCCCUCCGCUCAGUCUCGUAUCCGGGCGGGUUUCAGAUGAUCCUCCCUCCUCUGAUUGGCCAGCGGAGGGACAGGGGAUGAGGAGACUCCGCCUCCUUUCUGAUGUCAUCACCAUCAGCUGGACUGAGGCGCUGAACGCUCCGCCGUCGGUCGCCUCCAGGAUCCGGAAACUUCCAGGAGCCGGAAGAACGCGGCGGCGCCGUUCUGUGGGAUGGGCCUGGAUCAGCGGAACCGGCCGCUCCCAUGAUCACAUGUUCAGAACCUUCAGUUCUGCUUUCACUUUCAAACUUCUCUGAAAUUUUCCAGAUGUUCUGAUGUUUUUUUUUUUUUUUUUAUCAGCUGCAGCUUUAAACUCUAAAACAUGAUUCUGGGUCAAACCUUCCACCGGUUCAUCGGCACCACGCUGGUUCUGACUCGGCCGGACCGGUUCUGGAUCGGGUCCGGGAGCAACAGAUGGGCCCGUUUGGCUUCAGAAUCGUCUGACAUCUGGGUCGUAAACGGAGAGGAAAAGGUUCUCCCUGCAACGCUGCAGCUUUGACCUCUGACCUCUGACCUGAGCGGCUGUAGCGCUGCAGGGACCAGGCGCUGUUGGGUCGGUGUCUCCUCCUGGUUCUGGAAGGUCAGAACCUCUGCCUGGUGUCUUGCACACAGUAAUAAUAACCAGGCGUUUACAUGCGGUACGUAGCUCAUCCUGACCCGACCCAGCAGGCCAGAACCACCCUGACCGACCCGACCCAUCUGGGUUUGUUCUCUUGACCCGGUCCGUCCCUAAGCUGAGCCUUCAGAACCAGCAGAACAUGGUCGGCCUUUAAGGUCCGAUGAAGGAAUUCAUGAUUUUCUGAUGUUCUGAAGAAACGGAUUUGGGAAUUGGACCGGAUCUGGUGACGGAACACAACCAGAACCUUGUUUCUGUGUGCAUGUCUGCAGCUCUCUGAUGGUGCUGAGACUCGGAGAGGUUCUGAAAUUAGAAUCCGAAGAAGGUCCGGAGAAUCCCACCUGAUCAGGGAAACCCGCUCAGCUGGUUCUGUUCUUCCCUCCUUUGGAAACAGCAGAGAUGCGGUUUGAUUCUGGGCUGAUAACCGGGUCAGAGGAACCAGAACCUCUGCUGCUGUUUCCAAGAUCAGGAAAGAACGUUUGGGUUUAAAAGCUGCAGCUUUUGUCCGACCCGGUUCUGAUUGGUGUGUUCACGCUGCUGUACGUCUCCACACUGGAUUAAUGUUGAGGAACUUCUGGGACCGGGUUCUGAUCCGAUGAUUCUGGUUUGAACCUGUCCUGCUGCAGAGUCCGGUUCAGGUACGACUGAAGGGGGCGGAGCCUCUGUUCAGGUGUGAUGAUCUCUGGAGCCUCAGCAUUUGGUACCAGAACCUGGACCUGGACCCACAGGUUCCCUGAAGGAGAACCUCCUGAGCAUCGGCCCGGUUCCGUCUUGUUUCCAGAAGUUUUCAGAACUUUUAUGUAGUUGUCUUCAAGCUGCAGCUGACCCGACCCGUUUUUCAGCACUUUUGGUUCUGACGGCCCGUUCUAAGGUUUAAAUGUUCUGCUGACGUGACGAGGAGCUGCGCUGAGAUCCAUUCUAGAGAAGUUCUAGAGGAAUGUAUUUUUUCGGGUCGGCGGUUCUUCACAUCCGGGUCGAAUAUUUACUUUUAGAAAAUAUUCUGUUUUCCAUCUGAUUGGAUUUUAUCGGGUUUCUGUAAAAACAUUGUUGAUGAAGAGUUUUUGCUGAGCAGAACCGACCCGGUUCUGCGUUUGGACUCGGUUCCCCCAUGGAGGACCGGUCGUGAACAUGGAUGCUGCCCGGAUUCUCCAGGUUGUUCUGGAAGAAUCCAGAUGGCCUGGACUUGUAAAAAAAAAAAGAAACGGUUCUGAGGAGCGAAGCACAGUUCUUCAGAACUUUUCCAUCUGGGUUUUUCUCUGGGAUUCGGACCUGUGGAUCCUGGAGGCGCCGACAUUACCCAGAAGCCCAGAGCAGGGUUACCGUGACGACUACUGAGCUACAACCACGUCGGCUUCCUGACGUGCCGCUGGACCGACCCGUUGGGGAGGACGGAACCAGGACCGGUGGGUUCUGGGGGACGGGUCCAUGAUGUCAAAGCGCUGUAAAUGUUCUCUGGAGGACAUGUUGUUGUUGGUGAGGAGCAGUAAUGUGUCGUUGUUGUGCAGUCGCCUGUUAAUAAAACACGGUGGGACUCCA